AUGUCUUCUCACGCCGUCCCCGAGGUGUUGAUGAAAAAGGUCGACGAAUAUGUCGACUCGCUUGCCCCUCAGAUCCAGCCCCGCAUCACGACUGAGCUGGAGGAGUUUCAACAGAAGACCAUCGACAUGUUGGAGACGCAGGUUGUUGAUGCCUUUCGCUCGCUCUUCAACAAGGACGGCGGUGGCUCUUCGGGCAACUCGCGCAGCCUGGACGACGCAGCCCCGGAUUCUUACGGCGGCCAGUCUCUGCCUUUCGCCGACGAGAUCGCCAAGCUCACUCGGAGCUUCAGCAAGGUCACUGACGAAGCAGGCGACGACCUGCGUGACAUCUUCAACCUCACCGAAGGCCGCGAUGGUCCGAGCGAGACUCGGUCUCGUGGAGGAGGCAACCGCGACUCUUCCAGCGGAGCCAGGGGCUUCCUCUCGGCCGCCAUCGACGCUGUUCAAGACCAUCUGGACGACAACAAGAGAUCAGGAGGCCAGGGCUUCGAGCUGGAUGGGCUCCUCGGCGUAAUCAGCAACACCGUCAAGGACGCAUCACGCAACCCAGAAGAUACGGCCCGCCUCAUCAGCCCCGAGAUCAAGGAGAAGGUCGGCCUGAAGCUGCGGGAGCAGCACGCCCCCAUCGCUGAGCAGUUUACCCGCAUCGCGCUGGAUCACAUCAAACGCUGGUUGCGCGGUAACACGAGCACGCGGGAUCUCGGCGACGGAGUCAAGGGCGAGAUUGAAGACCAGGUCAAGGACAUUGUCAAGGGGCUCGGAGGCUUGUUCGGAAGCAAGAAGUCGUCCCAUGAGGGAUCUUCGCGAGGUUUCGGCGAUCGGGAUCGCGAUGGUCCCGAAGGAGAAAGCAGUGGCGGCUUCUCCAAGGUCAUCAGCGACAAGCUAAGUACGGGCCUUGGCAGAGUCCACAGGGACGUUCGUCUCGAGUUCCGCAAGGUGCUGGGCGGCAUCGAGAAGCAGCUGUUCGAGCUGCUGCCCGACGAGUUCCAGCGCCCGCUUGAGAAGAUUCUCGGUGGAAACCCCUUCGACUCGCAGCUAGACCGCGACGCCGGCUCGCAGGCAGACCGCGGCUUCGGAGACGACAUCAAGGCCAAGCUGGUCAACAAGAUCCGCAGCCUCGUGCGGAAGGUGCAGGAGACGCUGCGGGAGAGCAUUCUGGGUGUCGUCAACGGCGGACACCGAAAGUUCGAGCGUGAAAGCUGGGUCUUUGUGCAGAAGAUGGUGGAGCAGAAGGUGCAGAAGUACCUGCCCAAGGUCAAAAUCUCUGUGCCGGAUGACAUUGGCAAUGAGGGUGUGAGCGUGGGAGCGCCAACGUCUAAUGCGCACCUCGGUGGCGGAAACCAGUCUGUUCCCUCUUCACAGGGAGGCCAUGUUCCUCCUGCUUCGCAUGAGCAGUAUGGUGGACAGUCGCAUGCUCAGCAAGGAUACAACGCCCCUUCCCAAUACCAACAGCAGCAGCACCAGGAAUACAGGCCUGAUCAACAGCAAUCCCAUCAGGAAUAUCGACCUGACCAACACCAGUCCCACCAAGAAUACAGGCCUGACCAACAGCAAUACAAUCAAGAAUACCGGCCUGAUCAGCACCAAUCUCAUCAAGAGUAUCGGCCGGACCAGUAUCAGCCACCCCAGCAAUCUUACCCUCAGCAACACCAGUCGAACCAGUCCCAGGGUUACCAACAGAAUCAGGGCUACCAUCAAAGCCAGCAAUAUGAUCAGAAUCCGCCAUACUAA